AGAUGCGAAACUCCGAGUUUUUGUGUCGGGGUCUUUUUGUGAGGUUUACCUCUGACGUCACGGCCCCGCCCACUCGAGCUCCGGUUUGAUCACUGCGCGCUGCUGACAGUCCCCGCGAACUCGUGCUCGGUGGCGAUUUAACGGCAUUAAGCGGCGGCGGGCUGUCGUUUCUCGGCUACCGGAGGGUUAUGACUCUAAACAUGUUCACCUAACCCAUCCUGAGCGGUGGUGAUGCGCUCACGAGCUCGUGAGGCGGCCGAUUGUCAUUUCGACUUAGCUGGCGUUCACUUAGCCGCCACAGGCUAAUUAAUUAACCCGUGCUUUGAGGUAAAUAUUGACUCCAAAUCACCGGAGACGCUACAAAAACGUCACAGAACGCCGAGCUACAGCGUGGACCAGCGCUGUUUCGUCGUGUUGGCUGAACGUGAGGGAUUAACGGCAGGUGGAGCUGUGACGGUUGUGUGGACGCAGGGAAACUGAGAAGACGCUAGUUCACCAUGACGUCUCCCUCGCCCUCAUCUCAACCAUAGGAACACACACACACACACACACACACACACACACGCAGAGGAACACACACCAUCACACUACAGCCCAGGGUUUGUGAGGUGUGUGCUUUGAGGGAUCAUGUCUGUGGUCUUCACACCCGACGGGAUGAAGGAGGGCGACGGCUCUCUGUCCACCGAUGCUUCUGUGGGCAUCCGUGGGAAAAGCAGCCCGACGGCUCCCACAAAAGACGCCAACUCCGACUGCACAGAACCUGAUGACAACCUCUCCCAGGACGCACAGCGGCGCUGUCAGAAUCACGGCCACACUAGGAAACGAGCAAAGUCGAAUGCAAAGCUCAAGUUGGUGAGGAGUCUUGCAGUGUGUGAAGAAUCAUCAGGACCGUUUUCGACCGAUGGUCCUCCAGAGUCACAGGACAUCAUUCAGCUACACAUCAGUUGUCCGUCUGAUAAAGAGGAGGAGAAAUCCUCGAAAGACGAGUACGAGAAUGAGGAGAGGGGAAAGGAUAAAACUCCACGCAAGAUGCUUUCGCGCGACUCCAGUCAGGAAUACACUGAUUCCACAGGGAUAGAUGUACAUGAGUUCCUGGUGAACACACUGAAAAACAACCCCAGAGACAGAAUGAUGCUGCUGAAGCUGGAACAGGAUAUCCUGGAGUUCAUUAAUGAUGAGAAUAAUCAGUAUAAGAAGUUUCCUCAAAUGACCUCAUAUCAUCGCAUGCUGCUGCAUCGGGUCGCCGCCUACUUUGGCAUGGAUCACAACGUGGACCAAACAGGCAAAGCGGUCAUCAUCAACAAGACCAGCAACACACGCAUCCCCGAGCAGAGGUUCUCUGAGCACAUUAAAGAUGAGCGCAGCAUGGACUUCCAGAAGAAGUUCAUCCUGAAGCGAGACGAUGCCAGCAUGGAUAAGGACGAUAAUCAGAUGCGGGUCCCGCUGCAGGACGGCCGGCGCAGUAAGUCCAUCGAGGAGCGAGAGGAGGAGUACCAGCGCGUCAGAGAUCGCAUCUUUGCACGAGAAUCUUCACAGAAUGGAUACAUCAAUGAUAACAGACUGUCCACUGACGGCUACUCCUCGUCCUCCCAAAAGCGGAGGCAGAUUUUUAGGUACAGUCUCUGCUGUGUGUGUGUGUGUGUGUGUGUGUGUGUUCAUGCACUGCAUCUCGUGGUGAGUGUGUGUUGCUUUGCGUUGGCUCUGUGCCUCCUUUGGCCCAUGCAUGGCGGCUGUCAUCCUCCACCACAGCCCAGCUACAUCAUGCCCCCGCCGCCCUCUGGAUACCAGCCUGGUGCUCCACACCCACAUCCUCCUCCGCCUCCGCCUCCACCAACACAAGCCAUCCUACAGACCGCUCCACCCACACAGGGAUACAUGCAGCCUCCGCCUCCACCACAGCAGAUCCAGGUUCAGUAUUAUUCCACCGGAGGACAGUAUCCGAAUUCAGGCCAGCAGUACCGUGCCAUCUCUCACCAGGUCUCGUAUCCCACACAGCGCUCUCAGCCGCUGCCGCCACCUCCGCAGCCCUCCGCUCCUCUCCAGCCCAUGAUGACCAAUCAGCAGCCAGCGUACCAGGGCAUGAUGGGAGUCCAGCAGCCUCAGAGCGCCAGUAUGAUGAACACACAGCGCACGGCCAUGAACGGACAGAUGCAGGGCAUGAUGGUCCAGUACCCACCCAUGCCCUCAUAUCAGGUGCCUGUAGCCAAUGAGAGUCAGUCUGUGGUGCAGCAGCAGUACCAGCAGCCCGUCAUGGUUUCUGCCAGUCAGUCUGUACAGGGAGCCAUGCCGACCGCGGCACCCAUGCCCGUCUACUACAGCGUGCUGACGCCCACACAACAGAACAGCACGAGCCCAUCUGUGGGUUACCUGCAGCCGCCCAGUUCAGAUCAGUACCAGAUGACCCAGUCUGCCCCCCCCUGCAGCCCACAGCCAAUGCAGCAGCAGUAUUCAGGGGUUCCUCCUCCUGGUCCUGGUGUGAUGAUGAUGCAGCUCAGUGUCCCGAACGGACCGCAGCCGACCCAGAAUCCUCCGCUGGUGCAGUGGAACCCCUGCAAGUACUACAGCAUGGAGCAGAGACCCAGCAAACCCGAGCCGCAGGUCAGCAGUCCUCUGGCGUCUCCCACACAGUCUCCGGCUCCUUCUCCGUCUGGCAGCGUGAGCACCAUGUGUCCGGGUCUCGGUCCGCUGCCUCUCAUCUCACAGUUCCCUCGGCCCGGCGGGCCAGCACAAGCAGAUGGACGUUACUCUUUACUGGGACAGCCGCUGCAGUACAGUCUGUGUCCUCCUCCCAUCAUGCACAACCACAACCAGUCCUCAUACAGCUCCCUUCAGAGUCAGGGAGUGAUGAAGCACGGAGCGCGGGGGAAAAGACAAACACUCAAAUCUGCCUCCACAGACCUCGGGACUACUGACGUGGUGGUGAGUCGUGUGCUGGAGGUCACAGAUCUCCCCGAGGGCAUCUCCCGUCUGGAGGCCGAGAAGCUCUUCAACCAGCUCUCGCUCUGCGGUGCUAAGAUCCAGUGGCUGAAGGACCCUCAGUGUCCCCGGGGCCCCGGCGGGGGACGAGGAGACCCCAGGGACCCCGCUCACCUCUACACCGUGGUGGCUGUGUUCCCCAACACCAUGGCGGCUCAGAGCGCCUCCUUCAAACUCAACAACAGCGGUUUGUUCAAACUGCGCGCCACCAAAAAGAACUACGACUUGCGCGUGCUGGAGCGAGCGAGCUCACAGUGAGUCAGGAGAGAGAGAGAGAUGUCAAUGGGAAGGGAUCAUCCUGGUGUUCCUUAGGGAUCUUUUUAUCGUUUUGUAUCAUUGACAGAAGAGCACAUGUGACACAGUCUUAAAGGGACAGUAACAUUUCAGUAGCUCACAUUCAUGUCGUUCCAAACCGUGUGACUUUAUUUCUUCUGUGGAACUGAGAAACAGAUAUUUAGAAGAACGUUGGUUACCGAAUCAGCGGGUACCAAAACUUUUUUUUUUCAUUUCCAGCCGUUUUAUGAUUUUGUGUUCUGCGCUUCAUAGAGACAUGAGGGUAAUAUCAGACUUUUUUGCCUAAUUUUGCCCAAAAAUUACAAUUGU